GUGGGGGCGGAAGAUAUCGAUUUUCCGAAAAUGAUCCUGUGGGUCUGUCGGUAUCAGCCACUUGUGCAGUUGGUCAAUAGAGUUUAGUGCAUCAAUCAUAUCCUACAGUCGCCUAACCUAACCUUCUAUCACCACUCCUACGCUACCUCCCUACACUACCUCAAGAUCCGCGACGGCUUGAUAGCCGACAUCUAUCAUGGUUCUUCAAGAUCUUGGUCGCCGCAUUAGCGGUGCCUUACACGAUGUUACCCGCGCACCUAACCUCGACGAAAAGGCCUUCAAAUCCAUGCUUAACGAGAUCUCUGGCGCCCUACUCGAAGCCGACGUUAAUGUGCGACUUGUUAGCAAACUAAAAAACUCGAUUAGUACUACAGUCAAUUUCAAGGACCUCCCACCCGGCGUUAAUAAGAAACGAUUAAUCCAAAAAGCCGUCUUCGACGAGUUGGUCAAGCUCGUCGAUCCCCAUGCCGAACCCUUCAAGCCCAAAAAAGGCAAGUCAAAUGUCAUCAUGUUCGUUGGUCUACAGGGUGCCGGAAAGACGACCACAUGUACGAAACUCGCGCGACAUUACCAAGCAAGAGGCUUCCGCGCAUGUUUGGUCUGUGCCGAUACCUUCCGAGCCGGUGCUUUCGACCAACUGAAGCAGAACGCGACCAAGGCGAAGAUCCCAUACUACGGCUCCUUAACCGAGACAGACCCGGCCAAGGUCGCGAGGGAGGGAGUGGAGAAGUUUAAGAAAGAACGAUUCGAGGUUAUCAUCGUGGAUACUUCCGGACGUCACCGACAGGAAUCAGCGCUGUUCCAGGAAAUGGUAGACAUUCAAGAAGCUGUAAAACCCGAUGAGACGAUCAUGGUUCUUGACGCCUCUAUCGGUCAACAAGCUGAAGCGCAGGCAAAGGCUUUCAAAGACGCAGCAGAUUUCGGAGCUAUCAUAAUCACCAAGACGGACGGCCACGCGAGCGGAGGUGGUGCUAUCUCCGCUGUCGCGGCAACGCAUACGCCCAUCGUCUUCAUCGGCACAGGAGAGCACAUGUUAGAUCUGGAAAGAUUUGCCCCGCAGCAGUUUGUGAAUAAGCUACUGGGAAUGGGAGACAUGGCAGGUUUGGUAGAGCACGUUCAAUCUUUGAAGCUCGACCAAAAGGAGACGAUCAAGCACAUAACGGAAGGUAUAUUCACAAUAAGAGAUCUCCGAGACCAGCUCAGCAACAUUAUGAAGAUGGGACCCCUAUCCAAGAUGGCCGGUAUGAUUCCCGGCAUGUCUAAUCUCCCGGGAAUGGCAGGUAUGGAUGAUGAGGAGUCAAGCUCUCGGUUAAAACGCAUGAUCUACAUAUGCGAUAGUAUGACCGAGAAAGAGCUCGACUGCGACGGCAAGAUGUUCAUCGAGCAGCCGACUCGUAUGACGAGGGUGGCUCGCGGUAGCGGCGUCAGCGUCAGAGAAGUCGAGGACCUGCUCACCCAGCAGCGGAUGAUGGCAGGCAUGGCUAAGAAGAUGGGUGGCAGCAUGAAAAAUAUGCAGAGAGCGCAGCAGGCAAUGGGAGGAGGAAACAAGGCACAGCAGAUGGCCGCCAUGCAGAAGCGACUGCAGAGUAUGGGCGGUGCUGGUGGCAUGCCGGACAUGGCAAGCCUCGCGAAGAUGUUUGGCGGCGGCGGCGGCGGAGGCGGAUUGCCCGGCGGUAUGGACAUGCAGAAGAUGAUGGAAAGUAUGGGAAUGGGCGGUAUGAUGGGCGGCGGACGAGGCGGCAGGCGGUAACACGGAUAGGAAUGGAUAAUCCAAUACCAGCGCAUUGUCGGUACGGUGUCGAUUCAUAAUGGGCAUUGCAUGGCGUUUGGCGGUAAAACUAGUGAUAUCAAUACGAAGAUUGGUUUAUUGACGACUUACCUCUGGACGCCUGGAAUCGGUCGGUUGACUUAUAAGACUCCGUCUCUUAGGGACUAUUAUAUUUCACAGGGACCAAAAUUGACGGUGGUGUUGGUGUCCGGCGCAUUACAUUGGGUAGGAACCAUGUACAUCCUGGCGCCGUAUACGUGUAUCUGCACUGGAACCAAAUCAUCGUGACGCCUUCUAACUAUAUCUAUGUCUGUAAUCUUAAAUAACCUUUUCUUGUGCUUGCUAA